CGACACUCUCGACUGCAUCGACGCCCUCCCAGCCAUUCUACUUUAUUCCAUAGCAUUUCGUUUUUUUCUCCCCUCAAAGCCUCUCUGAACAAACUUGGAACGUCUACUCAAUCCGAUAGCCGUCCCCAGCUCACAUUCGUCGCUGUUUUGAGAAAAAAAACACGCCCUGCGCUGUCCAACACUACCCUACGUAGCCAGCCAUACCGUCCAUCCUCGGAACUAGAACUCGUAGAAUGUCCUUCUUCUCGAGGAAGAAGCAUCCGAGUGCUUCACAACUUGUCUCCAAUGUGACCGUUGCUCAGACUCCCUCCCAGGCUCUUGCUCAACUCGCUGCCAAAGAUACUUCCCAGCAGGGCAGUUCACCCCGCGAAAACGAUGCAACUGCCAGCGGACCUGCUUCCUUGGCGCCACAGCAACGCCAGCAACAAAAUCGGAACGGCAGCCCUAGUAUCAUCCCUCAACCAUCUCAACCCCAUCCGCAACAGCAAGGAACACCUCCCUCCCAGCAGCCCCAAUCCACCCAACAACAACCCCAACAACAGCCCCAACCUCAGCAGCCCCAACAACGCCCUGCCUACCCGUGGUCUGUACGCCGUCUCCACCUCCCACCGCCCGUGGUCCUUCCCAAACCAGGCGUCGCGCCCCCAACUACGCCUUCCCCUCCUCCGUUCCCGCGCUACGGUCACGCUCUUCCGGCGACCGCCACUGCUGCCGGUGAACUGUACCUCUUUGGCGGCCUUGUGCGUGAAGCCGCCCGUAACGACUUGUACCUCUUUUCCACGCGUGAUCUGAGCGCAACUCUGGUACAAACCACCGGUGAAAUUCCCACUCCCAGAGUAGGCCAUGCAAGCGCAAUUGUGAGCAGUGUAUUAAUCGUCUGGGGCGGGGACACCAAGACAGACCCGACGACUAACUCGGCGGAGAAACAAGAUGAUGGGUUAUAUCUGCUUAAUCUUGUUUCGAAGGAGUGGACAAGAGUAACAAUGUGCGGUCCAUCACCAGCUGGCAGGUACGGCCAUGCUGUUACCAUGGUUGGAACCAGGUUUUUUGUUUUUGGAGGUCAAGUGGAUGGAGAGUUCCUCAAUGACUUGUGGUCAUUUGAUCUCAACACUCUGAGAUCCCAGACACAGUGGGAGCUUUGUCAGCCUGCGGGCUCCGAAAAACCUGCUCCGCGGACAGGUCAUAUCUGCGUGACGCAUGGUGACCGAAUUAUCGUGUUCGGUGGGACUGAUGGUCAAUAUCACUACAACGAUACUUGGGCGUAUGAUGUUAACUCACGCCGCUGGACGGAGCUCCAGUGCAUAGGAUUCAUUCCGUCACCGCGAGAGGGCCAUGCAGCCGCCGUAGUGGAUGAUGUGAUAUACAUAUUUGGUGGGCGGGGCGUCGACGGUAAAGACUUGGGGGAUUUAGCCGCAUUCAAGAUGAGCAAUCAGAGAUGGUACAUGUUUCAGAACAUGGGGCCCGCUCCCACUGCCAGGUCUGGUCAUGCCAUGGCCUCGAUGGGGAGCAGGGUGUUUGUUUUGGGCGGAGAAUCAUUCACCCCCGCAAGGGGCGACGACCAUGGAAUCGUUCACGUACUUGAUACCAAACAUAUCAAAUAUCCUGACGCCAAUAAACCCCCCGCGAAUCCCAGCCUCAUUGCUGCCGUUGCUCGCAAAACAGCGGUCUCCCAACAACCACCCACCCAGCCUCCAGUACAACCGCAGUCCCAAGUACAACACCAUGUUGCUAAUGGCUCUCGUGCUAUGUCACCAACGGGGCCUGGGACCGCAGACGUUGAUGAUUUACGUACUGCUGUUUCACCACUUGGCGUUCGUCCUGGGACUCGUACCCCGAAUGGAAGUAUAAUUCAGGGUACUCCCGGGGUAACUAGCAUGGCCGUGAAUGGAAAGGUCAAGGCACCGACGAGGCCGCGUCGCGAUGAUGACGAUGUUACAGGAACGGACGAUGGGCAUGGGACGGAUACAGGCACCGCCUCCGAUCUCGGCGUUUCUACUGCGCGUGCGCCAUCGCCGACGGAGCCUCAACGCGCGCGGAGUCCCACGUUGCUCAGUACCACUGGACGCGCGAUGUCGCCAGUGAGUGGAGGUGCCUAUCCACAGCAGCGACAGGCACAUCAGGCCGCCCCAUCCAUGACGAGUGUUGCCAUGAAUUUGACCGCUGGUCUCUCGGCACGUAGCCCAUCUCCAGUUGUGGACAGAAGCAAGUCGCCCCCGGACGGCCUGAUCCAACCCCCGCCAUCCGGCUCUUCGCACGCGAACGGUUACGCCCAUCCCCAUCAUACUCACGGAGGGUCCAAACUCGGCUCCACGGGGAAUGUCGCAGCUGACCUCAUCCGCGACUACAAGGCCAAAGAGAUCGAAGUAGAGGUGUUGCGUAAGCGGGAGGCGUGGAUGAAGACCGCCCUCCUGAAGGCACACAGGAAUGGGUUUGUCCAAUUUGAUGAAGAGUCGAUUGAGGCGGAGGGACUCGGCCUUGGUGAAGAUACCAGCGAUGACCAGCGUAAACUGGCAGAUAUGAUAUUGAAUUUCAAGCAUUUCAAGACGCAGAUGCAGAUGCUUCUCGCAACUCAGGCGAGAGAGGCUUCUGACCGUGUGGCAGAUGCGGAGCGGAUGAAGACCGGUGCAACUCAAGAAGCUGCAUAUUACCGUGCAAAGCUUACCGCCUGGGAAGCGAAUGCGCCAACUGACGUAGCUCGCGUCGAGCGGGAGCGCGUUGCUGACCUUGAACGACAUCUAGCUACGCUCUUGUCUGAGCAGAAUGUCCUGCGUCGCAAGGUGGUUGAAGCCACUGAUUCGUUGGCUUUGCAGACAACAUUGCUUGAACAGGCGGAGGCGCGCGCGGUGGAUGCAAAUAAACGUGCUGACACUUUGGAAGAAUCUCAUGAACGACAUACUCGUGCUCAUGCAGAGCUCCAGGAUCGUCAGGUGCUUUUAGAAGCGGCUCUUCGGGAGCACGCGGAUCGCCUCGCCUCGCAGACAUCACUCUUAGAACAGAAAGAAGCUGAAUGCUCGCAGGCCAAGAGUCAUGUCCAGGAGCUUACGCAGUUCCAAGAUCAACAUAUUCGUGCAUUGGAGCAAGCCCGCGCUGCCGUUCAAACUGCCAUGUCCCGUUCAGAUGAAGUGGAUAGCAAUCAUCAACGCUCCCGCGAACGAAUCGCCCAACUUGAGACGGACCUGGUCGAAGUGAAAGGCGACCUGGAGGCCCGUACGUUGGAAGUCGAGUCAUUGCGAGCCCGUUUGGCGGAGGUGGAGAAUUCGUGGGCCAAGUCCCGCGAGGAGGCAGAUGCCUUCAGAGCUCUAACGACUGGUAGCCUCGGCGAACUUCUCGACUCCCAUCGCGACCUAAAGACUGAUGAGGACCGUCAUGCUCGUGGCUACGCAGAGAAAACCGAGGCCAUGGAGACGGAAGCUGCGUCACUGCGUAGGAUCCUCAAAGAGGCAUCCCAGAGGGUGGAGGACGUACAAGCAGAACUCAGUGAAGAGCGUCGCCGAGUACGAGAAACAGAGUCCGAGCAAUUAUUCCUCCGUUCGCAAAUUGUCGGACUUCGUGGGCAGCUAUCCAACUCCCUCUCUGAUAACGGGCGUUUGCGAAAGGAGUAUACAGACAAGGAGGCGGAGCUUUCGGAGGCACUGAAGGAAGCUGCAGACGCCAAUGUUCGACUGGCGAUGCUUCGCAACUAUCUCGCGGAAAAUGGAAUCAGCCCUGACCAAGAUGCUCCAGGCUCAAUCAGUGAUAACUCGGCUAAGGUAGCUGAGCUUGAAAAGCAGCUGGAAGAACGUAUCCGCCUUCACGAGAAUUCGGAACGGGAGCUAGCUCAGGCGGUACGCCGGACACGCGAUGCAGAAGCUCAACUCAGUGCUCUUACGUCACAACUAGACCGUACGCAUUCCUCUCCGCAAAACUCCAUGGUAGAGAACGAUUCCGCGAUCGCUCGUGCUACUGAAGCAGAGCGCAAAUUGGAGGAAACCGAGCGAAGCUACAAAACAAGGAUGCAGCAGAUGGAAGAGGACUAUCAGCUUGCUGUCCACUAUUUGAAGGGCACCGAGAAAAUGAUGCGGAGGAUGAAAGAUGAACUGACGAAGCAGAAGGCCGCGAAUUCUACUCUUCAGGCAGAGCUAGACGCUGCACGAGGUCGAUCAAGUACGGAGCCUGGUUCUCGAGCGCGUGUCAACGGCCGGACCACACCGUCGGACGACAGCCAUGAUCUCCGCUCCCAACUUUCCGAGGCUCAACAGUAUUCCCAGCGAUUGUCAACUGAGAAUAAGGAACUGCGACAACGCAUAGAGUUGCUAGAGAAGGAUCUUGUCUCGAUGAGGGAAAGCUUUAUGAUGUCUCAAAGAGAGUCGGAUGACCGGUACUCGCGCGUCGAAGAACUGGAACAUGAGAUAGAAAGGCUUAAUGCCACAUUGGCGAUAUACCGGAAGGGUUCGGACGAAACAGCCGUGGAGCAGCUCACCAUGGAGAACACGAACCUGAAGAGGGAGAAUGAGCAACUUUCGCACAAAAUACAUCUGCUCUUGGAGGUCGACCAACCGCCGUUCAACAGACCAUCAAGUAUGUCCAGUUCAGAGAAUUUCGAACACCUCUCGAACGAGUUAGAUGAUUGGCAACGACAACUCGCCAGUUCCAUGAGUACGCGCCGACCCUUGAGUGGAAUCGAGUCGCCACCCCAUGGACACAGUCGGAUAAACUCUCGAUCAUAACAUCAUUAUAGUCCUAGGUGAUACUAUACUCGGUUUGUCUAUAUAUCUGUUAUACCCACACUGCUUAGUUUCCUCAUCAUUGCACGCUCGUUUGGAUUUCGUUCUCAUGCUCGUCUUGUUCGUGGUUGACCUUUACUAAUAUAUAUAUUUAUACGAGCAA